UUUGCCGCGACUGUUCUGCUUGAUCCGGUCGCGCUGCGUUCCGUGUGUAUGCGUGGCGUGCGUGCGUGCGUGUCUCUCUCUUUCCAACAUUUUUUCUUUUCUCGAACAGCUGCAUCCGAUCGCUGGGGUUUUCGUUCGACCUGCGUUGCCUUGCGGGUCGGUGCUGUCUUCGUUAGCGACUAGACCCUUGGCGAGCGUGAAUAUUGAGUGUAUCUAGUCGAUUCGUGGUGUGUUGCAAGCAGUACUCGGCUCCCUGCUCGCGGCCGUUACUGUUUACACGCCGAGUCGUGUUCAUGGCAAUUCCCGCUCUUCCGUUCGCGUCGUUAUGGAACUGAGCUGCACUCAAAAAUAAGAGCCGGGGAGCAGAGGCCCGCCGCCGCCGCCGCCGCCGCCGCCGCCGCCGCCAUGGUGCUGACCGUCACGGAGGACACGCCCGCGGACAUGCUGGCCGGGAGCAUGGAGCUGCUGGUGCAGAUGCCGCAGGAGCAGCGGGUGCGCAGCCAGCGGCUGACGGUGCCGCGCAGCACGCCCAUGAUGGACCUGCUGGUGCAGAUCGCCACGGCGCACAAGCUGGCGGCCGCGAGCUACAGCCUGCAGGCGAUCGGCGAGCGCGGCCGGGUGCUGGCCCACCAGCCCAACACGCCCGUGGGCGCCCUGGACGCGCUGCAGCUGCGGCUGCUGCCCAAGCAGCCGCCGGCCCAGCAGCCGCGGCGCGCGCGCGCCGCCGGCCAGCCCUUCGAGGCCACCUUCCGGCUGCAGGUGCACCUGCCGCGCAACCAGCUCUACGUCGCGCGGCUCUCGUCCAGGACGGUCCUCGCGGAGAUCCUCGAGCAGGUCUGCCGCGAGAAGAACCUCGACCGCGGCAAGUACGAGCUGCGGCAUCCAGCCAACCUGUCGCAGCGGCUGGACCCGUCGCUCACGCUACACGACUACCAGCUGCAGGAGGUGACGCUGUGCCCGCGCCAGCAGGGGCCCGGCGCGCCCAUGGGCUCGGCCCUCUCGAGCCAGGACAUCAUGGCGCUGCAGAAGCAGGAGGACUGCCGCCGACAGCAGGCGCGCCACUCGCUCUUCGGCUUGAUCUUCGGCAGGCCCAAGGAGGGCCCGCGCCCGAGCCGCCCGCGCAGCGCAGCCGGCCCCGACGACGAGGCCCCGCCGCGGCCGGCGCCGGCUCCGGCGCUGCCGGCCAGGCCGCACCGCAAGCGCCGGCCCGCGCCCAAGCCGCCCGCGCAGGCCCGGCCCGAGCCGCCGGCCGGCGAGGAGCAGCAGCCGCGGCCGGGCGCCGCCGAGUGGGACAAGCUGGUCGUCAGCCACAGCCGCAACUCGAGCGACAGCUCGGGCUACCACGAGGCCUCGGUGCUCAGCGACAACCCCGACAGCGGCGCGCUGCAGCCGCGCAUGCCCGAGACGCUGCCGCGGCGCUCGCGGGCCCAGGCCGCGCUGGAGGGCGCGCCGCGCGGGCUGAGCCAGACCGCGCAGGCCAGCAAGAGCCUCGGCAACCUGGCGCUCGCCUCCGCGCGGCAGCGGCCGCGGCGGCAGCCGUCGCCGUCGCACGGCCUCGGCCGGGGCCUCAGCAACAGCUCGCUCAACUCGGCCGGUCAGCGCAAGAAGCGAGCCGCGCCGCCGCCGCCGUCGACCGCCACCGCCCAAGGCCUCGAGCGCAUCGCCGCCUCGGACAUCGACCAGGCCAAGCCCUCGUCCGACGUUGACGUCGGCCCCGGGCCCACCCAGGUCGCGGCCGCCGCUCGCCAGCCCAGCGUAGAGUCCGCUAGAGUAGUUGAGCCAGAGCUGACGUCGACGCCGGUGGCGAAGCCUCGCACUGCGCUGCGCACUGGCCUCGAGGCGAGUAGAGCUUCGCUGGGCUCCGCCGGCGAUGGCAGUUGCAACCCCUCGGGCUCGGAGGCCGCCGGCUUCGCGAUGCCUAGCCUCACGGAGGACGAGCGCGAGGAGAUCGCGCUGGCCAUCGAGUCGCUCGACUCGAUCGUCGAGGCGGCUCACGCCCGCGACCGACAGCCCGAGGCAGAGGACGAGCAGCCGUUCGCCGAAACUCUCGGCGGCCCGGCGGCCCGCUCGUGCGCCGUCAUAUCGACGAUACCUAAGUGCGAGCAUCUCGCGCCCCUGGACGGUCCACAAUUCGAGCAGCAGCAGCAGCAGCAGCAGCAGCAGCAGCAGCAGCAGCAGCAGCAGCAGGGUGACGACAAGGCGCCCAAGAGGCGGACCAAGGUGGCGCGUAGCCAGUCGGACACGAGUCAGUUCAAGCUCGGUCCGGCGGAAAAGCACGUUCGGCACCUCACCUCCAACGGCGAGGUCUUUACCUUCGCCCUCAAUCCUAACCUCGGCGGAAUGGCGGCCGCAGCAGGAAAAUCGGCGCCCAUGGACACCGACCUUCUUCUGCAGAAAGUCUCGGAUACGCUGUCGCACUCGCUGAGCCCGCCCUCGCCUCCACCUACACCCGAGAGCCCGGCGAGCGCCGAGGCUGCUGCCGGUCGCGAGUCCAGUACGCCCGCCGAGACUGCCGAUCACGCCUCGUCCGAGCCCGCAGAAAGCGCCUCGGCGUCGAACGAGCGGCUGGUGACUUCGGUUGACGACGCCGAAGGCAACGACAGCAACAGCAGCAGCAACAGUGACGCGCGACUCGGUUCGGCCACCAGCGACUACGUGUCGAGCACCGGCGAGGAGCUGUCCAUCGCCGACUGGGAGUGCCAGCAGAUACCGGCCCCGCCCAGCGCGUUCCGCGACGACGAUCAGCCGGCCGAGGGCAGCAGCGCCGAGCCAGCGGAUCAGCCGCCGCCCGCAGAGCCGCGAGACCACCCACCGGCUGCCGACGUCGCCGACACCCGCAGGCCUGUCGCGACGCAACUGUCACGCGAGGAGGACGACGAUCUGAAGAAAGCGCAGGUCAUCAGCGAGCUCGAGACCAAGAUUCGCAACAGCAGCAAGCCCCUCGCGGAGCCGGAGCCUUCCAAAGUCGACGAGCUCGACGCCUCGCCCAGAAUCGCUCCAACCGAAAACUACCUGUCCAACUUCACCAUCACCACCUACUCUAGGAAGAAGAGCCUCGACAUUUUCGAGCCAGUUGAUGAACAGAACAGACUCCACAGUGAGACCAGAAUUCUGACUACCUUCGCCACCCUCACCAGAGGCAAGAGUUUGGCUUCAGAGUUCGCCGAGAACAACAGUCACAGCAAGUCUUCGGCUCUCAAAAGUGCGCAGAGCAUGGACAGAGUGGCGACGAUAUCUCCGCUGCGAUCUCGAGACAACUUCGCCGCGGAACGGAAGGACGUCUUCAGAGAGAAGCCCGUGCACCGAUCCAAGAGCUACAUCGCCCUGUCCAGCAACGAUAAGUUCCAAAGCAGAUCCACUGAAGCGGACCAGAGCAGAGAUGAAACCGACCAACGAGAAAGCGAUCAGAGCUCAGGGCUCAACCGCAGCACCGCAAUCAAAAAAUUCACCAGCACCACGAAUCUUACUUCCAGCUCGAAAGACGAAGAGGUCCUGAGCCAUAAGCAGAAAUUCUCUCAAUGGCGAGAUAAUAUCCUCGAGAGGCACAAAGAACCAUCGCGGGAGACGCAGCUCCAAUCUUUGCAGGUCCUGAAAAGUAUAUUGCCCCAAUUGCAAAAAUCACAAAAGCCCGACAACAAGAGCUACGCUAGUGCCGACGAUGUUUCUACAACGAAAGAACCUGUACAGUCAAGGUUUGACGAGCGGGACACGUACAAGCCGAGCCCAUCCGAGUUUCAGCUACGCUCAAAAGGUCUCCGUACUCAUGAACCUGCCAAACGGUACACCUACUGCGGUCCCCCGGCUGUCAGUUUAGGCAGCUGGUCGGAGAGACCUUCGCUCAAUGUGCAAAUUAAAACCGACACGGAUUACAAGCUUGGCGGUAAAAAUAGUAGCUCUGGUGCUAGAACUGUCGUAAACUUGAGCCGCCGUGAUAUCGAUGGCAUCGAAGCUGCGACUGAGACGGCAAACGAGCAGGCGCCGAAGAAAACUGAGAAAGAGAAAGAUGGAGAGUCAUGUGUCGACACUAGCUCGGUCAAUUUCCGAGAGCUUACCAAGGCCUUUGGCCAGCCGGAGGUUCGGCUGCGACCCAAAUCCCUUGCCGCCGCGGGUCGUAACACACAACAGAGGCACUCCGAGUACUUGGAGCGUUCUAAAGCUAGCGAAACAGUGCCGGUGAAGAGUAAUGCUCUGGCCCAGUCCCACGUGGGAACGUCAUUCGCUAAUUUUCUCAAUCAAUAUAGCAACAACCCACCUGUGCCACCCGUCAAGCGCUAUACCUCGGUUGUCGGAAUCAUCAAUAAUAAUAACAAUAACAACAACAACACAAACAUUAGCAAUAAUAAUGUCAGCGGUAUGAGCAAUAAUACCUCUAAGGCGCUGCUCCAAAAACCUGUCGGCGCUACAAGAGACAAAGAAAGCGUGGUGCCGAAGCCACCGACGAUGCCGAUUAUCACUGGGGUUACGCUGAAAAGCGUCAAUUCUAGGCCAAAAUCGGGUCCUUCUACGAUCCAAGCGGAUCCUCGAGAUCUUUUGCUGGAGUCUAUUAGAAAUUUCGGUCGACACAAAUUGAAAAGCGUUAGUUAAAUUUCGUCCAAGUAAAAUUUGUGUUUUGUCUUGGCCAAUUACCAACUGCUCAAAACAAGUUUGUUUGAUGUAAACUUUGAUUUAAAGUUAAAUUUCCCAGAAAGCAUUAUCGCUUUAUUGCAUCGUUCAAGCAAUGCGAAUAUGAGUCAGUCAUAAUGUUAGGAUAGGAAUUCUAUUGAAUUGGCAGAUUUGAAAUUUUCAAUAGUUAAAGGCAUUCCGAAUCAAUUGAAUAAUUUUAUUUAUUGAAUGCCGCUAAUAUUUACUUUUCAUUUUUUGCUUUAGCCAUACUUUUGCGGAAUGAAACGUCAUGCUUUGUUUUCUGUAAAUAUUAGUGUUGAUAAUUUUUCUUUAUUUCGGGAGACAGGAUUUAAGUUAUUUGGAUUAUAAAAAUGAAGAAAAUUUGUUGGUGCUUAAUUGAUGUACCUUUAUUGUAUCAUGUUUUUUCUUUUUGUUCUUUCCUCCUUUACUUUUUCCUUAGGGAAAAUGAGAAAAUAUAUAAUAUAUAUUCCAUAUGGUGAUCGUUAAAACGUUGUAAAUAUUUACUCCUACGAGUCAAACUCGUAUUAAAGUCAAAGAUCCAAAAAGAAGUUUUUAUAUAUAUAUAUAUAUUUUUAGAUAAAUAUAACGACGAUCGAUUAUAAUUCACAUAAUAGUCAUGUCUAUUUGUCGACGUUGGUUAUAAUUUUACAUAACGUAACAUUACAUUACUAACAUUCUAAUCAAUGAUUCUAAAGUAUAAGAUUCUAUCAACGGGACCAAAGGUAACAUUCAUUUUAUUUUAACGCAUUGUACAACGAACUACUACGUAUAUAUUUUGUAAUAAAAAGUUAUAGUAUACUUGAAAACAGCUGUUACUUUCGGGUCAAAUUCAUUUUGUGCAGAGUAAUAUUUAUCAAAAAUAAUUUCUUAUCCAUAGUAAUCGACGUUUUCUUUUUGUUUUUAUUAUUAUCAACGUCGUUCACUUAAAAAUACUUCUGAUCGUUAACUUCAAGAUAUUAUUUUACAUAAAGUUCAAAUUACUUUUCAUAUUUUUUGCAAAGUAAUAUAUGCAUGCAUUAUUGUUUUCGUUUUCAUAAAUUAUUCAAAAUAUAAUAUAUUUUGUACAAAUAUAACUUUCAUCAACUGGUGUUCCAGUUUGAAAAAAUUCAUAUUUUUGGAAACUGAAAUGAACUGUUUUUUUUGUAAAUAAUAUAUUACUGUCUAUAUUGUAUUUAAUUAUUGUCUCUUAUUGAAGUUUAUAGAUUAAUAUGGCAUAAGAUUAAUCUAUUUA